AAAUCGCAAUAUGAAUGUAAAAUAUAAAAUUGUCCUCUUCCAAGAGAUUUCAGUAUGUUUCUUUCUCACCUCAUUUCAAAUAAUUAGGAGUAUUUCAUGGAUUUACUCAGCAACCGCAGAGUGCCCACUCUCUGACAGGCACCGAGCUAAGGACUGAGGAUAGAAAAGACCACUAAAGAACGUCCGCUGCUCUAUAAGCCUUCAUAAUCCCCUCCCCUCAGAUUCGAAAGGUAACGCGUUCUUGACAACGUGUUCUUUUCAACAGAACCCUCUUGAUUGUCUGCGAUGCUGCGUCCUUUCUGAAUGAUAGAGAUGGCGCUGCAAAGGGACAUAUUAAAACUAAAUGAAAAGGGAAGUGCACUCACGUGGAAAGAACUAUAUAUUUAGAAACAAGGAGAUUUUCUUUCCGGAGAAUGGCUUUGUUGUGACUGAUCUUUGAUCAACUGGAGCAAAGAGUAUUUCGUUUUAUAGGUAUAAUAGGCUCUGCUUUCCCGAGAGGCACAGGAUCCCUCAAAUCUGAAGACGGGUCCAUUGUGUCGAAGGGGACAAGCUCACGAUGCCGCCCAGACCACCUGGAUGCUUCUGGAUUACUGGUGGUGGCUUGAAAUGCACCGGGGCCAACGAGGGAAGAGUUGAAUGAAGAUGCCAAAAGAGGCCUUUGAAGGUUCGGAAGGGAACUGUGAAAGGCCCAUUCCCUCUGGACUUAAGCCCAAUUCCCUUGCUGCGGGCACAAGCGACAGCCCUUGGGCAAGACUCCCUUUGUUAUCCAGACUGGUGGGUCUCCCAGCUCAAUGCACAAACGCACACCCACUCACUCCGAGAGGGGCUCUCCCCAGGGGGCAGCCCAAGGCCACCCCUUCCUCUGGACACGGCACCCAGCCCACGUCCCCACCCAACUGUUGACCCGCGACCAAGGGCCACCAGCUCCACCACCCACCCCGGCACCAUCUUCCAGGAACUGGCCUCUCCCCCGGCCCCGCCCUCUUCGGAGAGCACCCAAUGGGUGGGGCCGGGGCGGCGGUGGGCGGGGCCUGAGGCGGGCCCAUUUAAAGAAAGGCAGAGGGCGAAAGGAGGCAAGAGAGGAGAAGAAAGAGAAAGCUGGGGGCGCGGCGCCGUCCAAUGACAAAGCCCAGGGGUGGGCGCCGGCCGCCAUCUUGCACCGGGCGGCCGCCGAGCCACCCGCGCCGGCCGCCCUCCGAGGGGGCGGGGGAGGGGCGGCGGCGGCGAGCGACGUGGGAGCCGCGCCGGGCGGGACGCGGCGGCAGCGGGAGCCGCGAGCGGCGCGGCCCGAGCGGCCUCCGAUGCGGCGCGGCGCGAAGAGGCGGCGGCGCCGGCCCCCGGCCGCCCCGGGUGCGGGCGGCGGGCCCGGGCUGGAGGCGCGGGAGGAGAAGGUGGUGUACUCGCGCUCGCAACUGUCGCUGGCCGACAGCACCCAGGCGCUGGGCGACGCCUUCAAGCUCUUCAUGCCCCGCAGCACGGAGUUCAUGAGCUCGGACGCCGAGCUCUGGAGCUUCCUCUGCAGCCUCAAGCACCAGUUCUCCCCGCACAUCCUGCGCAGCAAGGACGUCUACGGCUACUCGUCCUGCCGCGCGCUGGUGCCCGAGCCCGCGCCGCCCGCCGCCCGCCGCCCGCCGCGCAGGCCGGCCCCGCGCGCCGCCGCCAGGAGGAGGCGCCGCCGAGCCCCGGGCGGCCGCAGGAAGCCGCCGGCGCCGCCCGCCGAGCCCGAGGAGAGCGGCGCCGCGCCGCCCGCGCCCUGCUUCGGCGGCCGCAGCCUGGAGGAGAUCUGGAGGGCGGCCACGCCGACGCUCACCACCUUCCCCACCAUCCGCGUCGGCGGCGACGUGUGGGCCGAGCGCAGCCUGGCGGCGGCGCGGCGCCGGGCGCGCCAGGUGCUGCGCGUGGACCUGGAGCCGGUGGUGCGGCUGCGGCGCUUCCCGGUGCCGCGGGCGUGAGCCCCCCCGCCCCCCGCCGCGGACGGCCGCGCAGGUGUCAGUCGAGUGUUUACAGAUGCGACCCGGACCCGUCCCCUAGUGCACUUUACGCGCGGAGCAGGCCCCGGAGGGCUGUGCCGCCGCGCCGCCGAGGGGGGCCGCUGCCCCGCCGGGCCGCUCCCCCGGCCUCCCCGCCCCGCCUCGCGACGUCUCCAGGACUGAAGGGGCCGAUCCGUUUCCUCUCUUGGACUCUACCUCACUGGUCUGGAAGUCCUCCGAAGAAGUUACUAUUUUUCCAAAGGAAUUCGGUUUCGUCCUUGGGUUCUAAAGCCAGAAUUUACUUGUUUUGGACCCCACCCCCACGGCCACCCCGCUUUUUCCUCUUUUUGACUGCCACCCCUCUUUCUGGACGGAAGAUCGAACGUGUCUUGCGGCGUUGCACUAGUUCGCGCUCAGGGUAUUCUGAAGCCCCCCUCGCUUCCUCGUUCUAACUGGAUUCCAAAGCUUUGACCAAGGAUAUUUUCUAAGAGAUUCAAGCUUGUGACUGUUCCUAGUGCAAGGGUGAAUUUCAUGGGCUCAGUGAACACAAACAAAGAGAUGCAAAGUACAACUGUUUAAACGUUUUUAAGGUGUUUCUAAAGAUUUUAUAUUGAAAUUUAAUGUUUAUAUUUACUGAGCUCCUCAAGAAAAUGGUAGAAACUCGUAUAAAGUUUUGUUUAGGAGAAGUUGACUUGUUGAAUCUUUUUCAAUUGAAUAAAAAUUAAAGUGCAUUGAAACCACAUGGCUUGUGAUUAAAAAAAAAAACCAAAUGAAGGACUUAGAAAGAUCUGGUGUUGGUUAAAGAGAUGGAUCAAACCCGAUUGGAAAUGAUUUGGCCUCCUUGUACUUGUCUAACGUACAGAUACAGGAAUAUUUUGAGCGUAAUUUAUUUUAAAAGGACAAUAGCAUAGAAGUGAAUGUGUGUAAACUUUGUGAUUGAAAUGACAAACAGAAUACCCAUUAGAGUUCUCAGAUCUGUUAAUGAUCUAGAGGGGUGGGGGCAUUUCUUGGUAUCAAAUUCCUGGUUGAGGUUACUUUGGGCAAAGUAGAUCUCUCCUUCCUUUUUGUUUUGGUUGUUGGGUAACAAGAAAUGUCCAGCUUGCUGUCCAUCACUUUUAGAAACGAUGAUUAGUUGACUUUUUUUGCUCCACGAGUUUCCCUUUUUGUCUGAUUUCCCUUCAUAAUUAUGUUUGCAGUUACCGGUCUUUGACAGCCGAAGACCACAGGAGUGGAGCAGGCGAGCCACCCAGAGUACUGACCCUUCUUUUCCGUGUUUAUAAUAGUGUUUCUACCAUAUGGCCCAGUGUGGGAUUCUUGAUCAUCCAAGUGCCUUUGGUCAUUGGUGGCAGCAAGACUUAAUGGUUUUAGCCAGUGGUGCCAUGGCCAUAUUUUACUGCAAUAUCUAAAGGUCAAGUAGUGUUUUUGUACCACUGUUAUUUCAAGUGUAAGUAUUCUGCCACGGAACGAUCCACACCGGGCUGGAACUUGACAUGUGAAGUCCUCAAUAUGAAGAUUGAUCUCUGCUUGGCAACUUCUUAGGAGAAUAAUGAGUGUUGCAAUUGGGACUCUUGUGUUCUUAGAAUUCAAAUGGCAUAUCCUUCUGAAAUUAGUUUUUCAAGUUUAAUAGUCCAUAGUAGGGGUUUUGUGACUUUAAUUGCAGUGUUCUUGUUUUGUAAAAAAAAAAUAUAUAUAUAUAUAGGACUUUAUGCCAGUUUCUCAGUAAGCCUCAUAUUCUUUUAUUCACUACUCAAUGAUAAUGCGUUGUUACAAACACUGUCACAUGAGUAAUUAAAAGUGAAUAAUGACUUAGAAGAUGGAGAGUAUUAAAUUAUAUUUGUGUGACAGGAAGUUGAUACAUAUUCUUUUGGUUAUUAGCUUCCAUUGCCAAUUGUAUUUCAGACACAUAGGGUUUUCUUUGCGCCCAAAAUUGUUAACUUUUUUUUAGCUAACUAGCGCCUGAGGGAAAAAAAUGUAUUUGUACCACUUCACUAUUGUAUAUAAUUUUAUAAUAAUUAAAAAAUAAAUCCAAUGGCCAUAUUAGAACGUAAUUUCAACAUCUAGCUUAUCGAAAGAGCUUCCCCAAGGAUUUUGGAAUUAGACUUAGCUGGGAGGAUAACUUUGCUCAGCACGAAACUCAAACAUAACCAUUGACAGACACCAGGCAUUUAUUUUAACUGAGAUUCUUAACAUUUUUCCCUCUAAUGCCUUGUUACUUUAGUGCACUUGAACUCGCGUAAAUGCUUCUUUGGAUUCUGAGCUGUCUGAUUUCAGUUUGGAUCUGAUUGCCCAUCCUGAACUCAAUAUGUUAUUUAUCCGGUCUAUUAACGAAUCAUACCAUUUCUAGUUUGUGAAAUAAGAUGUAAAAAUAUCUUUAUUUUUGCCAAGUUUUCUUUAGCGAAACCUCGCUAAAGUUAGUUGUUUUACAGCUUCUAAAAUGUGAAGAAACCACUAAUCUAGUUGAUUAGUAUAGUCAUGGGAAAGUGAAAGUAUCUUAUGGGUACUUUUGGGCAGAAUGUGAAGGAGAACUUGGCACGGUGGCCUUUCUGGUGAGGCAUCCAUUCGCUGUCCUCUGAAGUGAGGGUGUAGCUUAGCUUGUAUAUAGUUUUCUAAAAGAAGUCCCUGAUGCUUAUUCAUUCUUUUCCCUUCUCUUCUAUCUCAUGGCACAAGUAGAGGAGGAAGCUGGGAGGAAGUUUAUCACCUUGCUGCGCUUUUACUUAAUUUUUCACUCCUGAGUGCCUAAAUGUCAAAUAACCUUUUGAAAUUCCCGAUGUCCUUUUGAUUUUCCCGUCAACCAGCAACUUAUUUUUCCUUACUGAAACCAGUGAGUAAUGUCAUGAUCGUCGAGGGCAAGGUUCAUUGUUGAUAGUGCAAAGUGUCGCUGUUGUGGUGUGUAUUUAUUUUGUCCAAGUUUGAGUAGCCUGGUGGACAAGUGUCACUGAAGCUGGUGGCUACACCUAUUGAUUUGCUCUGUGCAAACGAUAGUACUAUUUUUCUGGAAACUCUUCAAUAAGGAAACAUGAGAAAUAUUUGAGUACAAAAAAAUCGGAGCAAUUUCGAACUCAAAAGGUUUUUUGUUGUUUUAAGGGUUGCCACAGCACUCUUUAAACUGGUGGUUUUUAGUGGACACAUAUACAUAAUAUUUGCUUUAUUGGUGUGUUUAAAAUACUUUUUCGUAGGCUGUUCUGUCUUGAGUGCAUUAGAAGGCUAUUGUUUGUAAUGGAACCGAAUUGUUUCCUUGGAGUUUGAUGUGCAUAUAAGAUUUACAAUCUGAUUGUACUUUUUAACUUAUUAACUGUAAAUAAAUUUUAGAGAAUACA